AUGGUGAACAGAAAACUCACUGUUUCAAGGACCAGGUCACUGUUGAGGGAAUGGUAUCUGAAGGAUCCAUAUCCGAAUCCAAGCAAAAAGAAAGAAUUAGCAAAUGCCACCGGUCUAACUGCUAUGCAAGUCGGAAACUGGUUCAAAAAUCGUCGCCAAAGGGAUCGUGCCGCUGCCGCAAAGAACAAACAAAAUAUAGUCGAUCAGGGUGUGGAAGAGAGAGAGAAGCGAAAACGUGCGGCCAGCUAUGAUUCGCUUCGAAAUUUGUUAUUGAAACAUUGUCAGCAGACGAAAUCAAAGCAUAGCCGUCUCAAGCAAAAUGUGAUUGGCGUCGAAUUGAAGAAGACAUGUGGCUCGGACGGUUCCGACAGCGAGGAUGAGAAUGAGUUUGAUGACAGUAUGACCGACUCGCCAUCGCCCAUCGAUGAGCCGAAAGACCUUUCCCUACGGCCGUCCUUUACGACCGAUCGUCUUCUGGAGCCACCUUCAUUCCCCAUGAAUCCAGCUCUAUUCCUCUUUAACCCGGCGUUCCUACAAAUGCAGCAGCAGUUAGCGGCUGCACAAUUCCCCAGUUUACCUCUACCGGUGAGCCGUUCCUCCUCACCUCCACAUCCACCACAAAAACGUAAUAAACUUUCCAUUGAUGAGAUUCUUGAUCUAAAGCCAGAAUUAAAACCCUGUGCUUCACCUCAUUCACUCUCUCCCACAUCUUCCACCUCAAAUAAGGAGUUGUCCGCUUCUCCUGAGGUGAAAUCGCGGGAUAGCACAGCGGUGGCUCCGGCUACAGUUCCAUCCACAGAACCACCGCAAUUAGUAGUGUAG